AUGCCUGUAGCGACUCGGUCCUGCCAGGCCUUGGCGCUCCGGCUGAAGCUCCCGCAGGUCUUGCGCCUGCAGGGCGCUGAGCUGGGCCUCGUCUUGGCCCUACGCGGCGGCCUCGGCGGCGUAGGCGACGUCGGCGACGCCGCGGAUCUGCGGCCCAAGCGGCUGAAGGCCACCGGGGCGCAGCUGGGAGCCCUGCAGGCGCUGGGAGAGGCGAGGGCCAAGUUGGGGCAGCAGCUGCUGGCGAUCCUGGAAGAGGCACCGCAGAAUCUGCCUUUGGCGCCUCUGGCGAAUUUGUGGGCGCAGAACUUUGCGCCGCUGAGGCUGAGCCUUUUGGCCCAUGGAAGGAAUCGCAAGGAGUGGCUGGACGCGCAGGAGUCGGCCUACUUCGCCCACUUCGGCUCCUCACUGAUCUCCCCGCGGCCGCUGCUACUCCGAGCCCUGCAGUUGCAACACCUCGAGGAUCUCUUCAAGCUACGCGCGCGAUACCUGCAGGAGCCAGUAUUUCACCCAGAGCUGGGAUGCUACCUGCGGCCAUCUUGUCAGCAAUUCUACGACCAAGUCCUUGCCCCAGUCACGGUUGGGGUCUUCGCGGAUCUCUACCCACCUCACCGCGCGGAGGUCUAUGUGAGCCACUGCUUGUGCCAGGCCUAUGAGGAUCUCCACCUCGCCUUGACGCGGCACGGCGCGAGCCGUUGCGACCGCGACGUGGCGUACUGGCUGCGCCUCUUCGCGGCGGAUGGCGACGCGGACGCGGUGGGCGCGGUGGGCGCGGUGCCGCGGUUUCUGGUGGCUUGGGAUCCCGGAGGCAUGUGGCCCACCCGCGCCCACUGCCUCUCUGAGCUGUCGGCCCACGACUUCCGGAAGCCCACUGAGGUGGUGUCCACAGAGGGCCCUUUGGGCGGCGUGUUGGCUGGGGCCUCGCGCGCUGCCGCGUGGCGCCUGUGGGCCGCCGCGGGUGGAAAGGCGGCAGGGCCCGCAGGUGCCCUGAGGCGCUUGGCCGGGCGGUUGCUGGUGCUGGGCGACACCCAAGGGCCGCGGCUUGUGAAGGAGGCCUCGCCUUCGUGCGCCCUGCUGGGCGACUCCUCGGAGCUCCAAUUCCGGUCCCGUUGCGAAGUGCUGCGCGAGUGCUUUAUGCCCGGCGUGCUGGUGAUCCAAGCAAGGCCAGGCCAUGGCAGGAACCUCUUGGCGCGGCAGCUCCUGAGCUUCGCAGAGGUCCCUGUGCCAAUCAACUGCGCAGUGCUGGCGCAGCGCAUGGCGGACCAGGCGCUGAGCUCCAAAGACGACUUGCUGGGCGCUUGGCUCACCGAGAUGGGCGAGACCUUGCCCCCGCAGGCCCAGGUGGUGGUCUUCUUGGACUCGCUGGAGCGCGCGGGGCAGCAGGUGCCGCAGAUCUGCGCCUGGGCCCGGCGCUUCGGAUCGGCGGAGCCGGCGGAUCCGGCGGAGGGCGGUCGCGGCCUGGUGGUGACGCUGCGGGAAGAGGAGCGCGCGGGCGAGCAUGAGGACGACCAUCUUCUGAGCUCAGAUUUCACGGACCUGUCCUGGUCCAAACGAGCUUGGGAGGAGCUCAGCAAGUGCAGCAAGGUACAAAAGUGCCGGAUCACGUCCAGUGGAGCUCGCCUUCUCUUGGACACUUCCAGCAUUGCCCCUGCCGAGCACCUGGCUCUGGGGCGGCCGCUCACAGCAACACUGGCUGCUGGACAGGUCUGCCAGGCAGAUUGCGAAGCCAUGCGCAAGGCCUUUGAGGACCUCAAAAACGCAGCGGAGCUGCAGGGCUUGGCCUUGGAGAUGUGCUACGCAGACCUGCACGUAGUGCCGAAGGGCCGGGUGAGGGGCCCUCACGCCGUUCUGCACCCCUUGGGCGAGUGGCGCCGCUUCAGCCACAGCUCGAUGCGCAGCUUCCUGGCGGCCCAGGAGCUGCUCCGGAGGAGGGACCUGCCCCCACAGGUGCUCAGCCGCCAGUGGCCACAGGUCAGGCGCUUCCUAGAGCGAGCCCUGGAGGACGGCCGCGGAGUGGUUGGAAGGCUUCACUUGAGGCAGGGUAAGAGCGAGAGGUGUGGCAACCCAUGGGAUAUCGGGCUAGGUGCCUUCCUACAGGCGUCCAGCCCAUUGGCCGAGCUCUUAGCGCUGGGCGGCCGCGCGCUGCGCCUCGAGCACCUCGACGGCUCUCGCGCGGAGCUGGAGGCGUCGCUGCGGAAGGCGCGCGCGGCGCUGCGCCUGGAGGCGCUGGAGGCGGCGGCCUUGGACGCUGGCGCGGUGCUCACCUGCCUGCAGCAGACGAAAAGCGAUGGCCGCCUGGGGCCAAGGCGGUGGGCCUUGGCCGCCAGCUUCCUGAAGCGCAGGUCCAAGGGUGGUGUCUCGUUGCUGCAGCUGGCGGAGCUUAUGGCAGUGGCAGCGGCGGCGGAACUGCCCCGAGACUUUGUGGCUGACCUCAUAUCCGACGCCUUCAGCUCCGCCCCACCCGUCACUUCGGCCUGGCUGAAAACCGCCGCGGCGCUGACUGAGAGCCCCGCGAUCGCCGCGCUGGCAAAAAGCUUCCAGGCCCCUCGUUUUGCGCAGCUGCAGAGAUGUCUGGCGGAGGGUGCGGCGGAAGGCUUGCCUCAGCGCUUCCUUGAGGAGGUGGAGGUCGCCUCCGCACGCCGGCGCUUAGCGGCAGGGCGCUACCACUCGGUGGUCCUGGCAGACGAUGGCGCCGUGGCCUUCGGCCUCAACGGCGCCGGGGAGUCGCUGCUGCCCAAACUGCCGGAAGGUGUCAGGUAUGUGGCAGUGGCGGCCGGGGUGCAGCAUACCGUGCUGCUGCGCAGCGAUGGCACUGUGGCAUGCUGCGGCCUGAACCUCGACGGCCAAGCUUCGGCGCCCCAGACGUUUCCACCGGGGCGGCGAGUCGCGGCGGUGGCCGCUGGGGGCUUCCACUCGAUUCUGAUGGACGACACUGGCUGCUGCUGCGGUUUUGGUUGCAACAGCUAUGGCCAAGCCGAGCUCUCGCCAGUUCCUUGCAUCUCCGUGGCCGCCGGGCUCUUCCAUACGGUUCGUGUUCUCCACGACGGUACGGCGCAGUGCGUGGGCUUGAACUCCCACGGCCAGUGCGAAGCGCCGACGCUUUGGGGGGAUCAACGAUACGUGCUGGCAGCUGCCGGCGGGAGGCACUCCGUGCUGCUGCGCCAGGAUGGCCAGGCUCUCGCCUUUGGCUGCAACGCCCAUGGCCAAUGUGACGUGCCUCCGCUGCCGGCUGCCUUGCGCUACCUGGACGUCGCCUGCGGUGAGUGCCACACCGUGCUGCUGCGCUCGGACGGGGUGGCCCUGGCGCUGGGCCAGAGCUCACCGCCAAAGGGGCGCUUCGCACCUUGGAUUCGCCGCGUGGGCGUGUAG